AAACUGCGAAGAGUGAAAUGCGAUGAGGGAAAGCCCUUUUGUCUCCAAUGCUCAACCACAGGAAGAAAGUGCGAUGGCUAUACUCACGAUUCAAGUCGGGCUUGUCAAAUACCACUCCCAAUCCCUGAGUCGAUCGGCUCACAUACCAUCAUCUUCGACAUUCAAGGAGACGGGCAAGAGCGACGAAGCUUCAGUUUUCCGCGCUUCAAAACUGCUCUUGAGAUAGCCGGAUACUUUCCCUCCUAUUUCUGGGAGACACUGAUCCUCCAAGCAAGCCAUGCAAAUCCUGUCAUCUUACAUGUUGUCAUCGCGUUGGGGUCUCUUCAUGAGGUCUACCAGGCAACGAACCCGGGAUUACCAGAGAGCACGGAACUAACCAAAAAGCGCGAAUUUGCCAUUGAGCAAAGCAAUAAAGCCAUGAGCCUCCUUCGA